AGUUGACACACGUUAAAGACGAAGCUACAAGAAAGGCACGCCGAGAACUCGUCUAGAGAACACGAGUCAAAACCGUGGACGCAGCCACUAUAGCUCUCUUUAGCUUUGUAUACUGCGGCGGAGUUCAGAGCUCACGGCUGGGUUUACCUACGAGCGUUAUGUCCGAGGCGUCGUGGUUAAUGUGUCUGCUGUGCUAUUUGGUGACGACCGGAAAAUGGGCUACGUACUCACAGGCCACAACACCAUAUCACACCAAUACCACUGCCCCGUCAGGACUAACCUCCAGCGGACCCUCACUGAGCACAACGAACCAUGUCAGCCAGGAAAUGAUAUUUGCGACCAACUCUUGGGAGUCCACAGCCGAGAAAGAUACAAUUCUGCCGAGGAACGUCAGUGAUGCCAGCGGUAAAAGUGUUCAUCUCACAGAGAGAUGGGAGACUACAACAAUAAGGCAUUGGAGCGAAACCACCGACACGGCGAUGCAAGCCAGGACGACAGAACCGAUGAUUGCUCUAUUCUCCACAGUGCCUGUGAACAGCACGAAUGGAAUCCGUGAAGACACACUAAACAUGGAACUAACUCUUAUCCCGACGUCACCAACCUUUCACUCCACUAAACGGACGUUUUCAAGCUCUCAUCCGAUGUCACCAAGUGCUCACCUGACGUCAUCAAGCCAGACAACAGUGGACUGGUUAUCCACGUACCGUAUUCCCAACGUCUCCGUACAAAGCUGCUUCGACGACUGCCAGUGCUCGGCGGAAAGCCUUUUUGACGCUUACGCACGGGCUUUCUUCCAAUUAGCGCAUGCCAAACCGGCAUUAUACCAAGGUCUUAGCUCCUUUACCUUCACAGACUUCAGGACCAAGCUGUUGGCGCCGCAUCUAGCUUCAUCAAUGGGUAAAGCCGGGUUUAUAGAGAUUACAACCACAAACAAAGCUUAUGCCACUUGCAGCAUUAAUGAAACGCAGUGGGUAGUUGAUGAAAGUUUCGAACGUCAUUUUAGUGGGCUCGAUCUGACCAAAACCACUCUUAAUUUGACCCUCCAUUGUGCGUCGGCUGCCACAACGGUUAUCUGGGCUUCUAAUAAUAUCACCUUAGACUCUCUCACAGUCGAUGGGUGUUCCCACAUUGUGCAAAAUGAUCCCAUAAAAACUGCAGAAGUAUUUUCAAAAUUGUUUGUUACGAACAGCUCUGAGGAAUGGAUUGACGCAUUUAAACUUGCCAAUACCACCAAAGUUCUCUGGAGCAUAGAUAUUCGAGGAACUCGGCUCAGCCAACUCCCAGGGAUAUUCUAUAGUGAUGUUCCAUUGCGUCUGAACACACUUCGCCUGCAGAACGUCAGCCUAAGGCGCUUGGAUUGCACCGUGAUGUCGAAUUUUACAGGCAUGACUACGUUAGAUUUAUCCCAGAAUGGUUUGAUCAAAAUCGAAGACUGCUUUCUUCCUGCAUCCAUGGAAAGUUUGAACGUCAGUUACAAUAAUAUUUACGAUUUGUCUGCCCUUGAAUUUCCCAGAUUUGUAAGGGGCUUCAAUGUAACUAUGAUUGAUUUGUGUGGAAACCAAAUAGCAGCAUUAAGACCGUUCACGAAAAUGAAUGUGGCGUUUCUUUCUUUGUGUAAAAACUCCAUUGAGACAAUUCAACAGUUAACUUUUCUACAGCUGUCAAAUUUGUACCAUCUCGAUCUCAGCUGGAAUAAGAUAUCUACCAUUGAACCCGGAGCCUUCAGGUUUUUAUAUGAUAUACAGUUCUUGGAUUUGUCUCACAACCACCUUGUAUCUCUAGAGCCGGAAACAAGUCCUGGUGUGCCGUGUAAUAUCGAUAUCAGCUAUAACAGAUUCCACCAUCCGGCCUUCAGCUCCCGAAACUUCGAAACUAUAACCGCUCUAGAGUUGAGGGUACAUCAUAACCCUUACUACUGCGAUUGUGAUUUGCCGAAACUGCAGGAAUUUGUAGCCCAAGGUCAGAACAAAGAGCUGUAUAAAAGGAUGCAAGAAAAUCUUAACAUUCAGUUCAUAUUCAACAAAACUUAUCCUGAGCAACUGUUUUCACCGGAUGACCUGAGAUGUGCACAGCCUGAGAAUCUUCGAGGGCAGAGAAUGGUUGAUGUGGUUUUUAAUGGUAGCUGUCCCGUCGUUGAUAACUGCCCUAUAGGUUGCGGCUGUAUAAAUAACCAUGUCUAUGUUUUAGUCGACUGUGCCUUCCGCAAGCUGACCUCUCUACCCGACGUUAUGCCAAAUGAACUGCUCCACCUGGACUUCCAUCACAACAAUAUAUCCACCCUGUCAAUCAGAGACUACCUUUCUCGUACCCAGGUCUUGAAUCUGAGUGGGAACGCCGUGGCAGAAAUAUCUUCUGGAGUGUUCGACCACCUAGUGUCAAUACACGCCGUAGACCUCACUCACAAUGCACUGCAGACUCUUCCUGACGAUUUGCAGCAGGUUUCCUUUUCCAACGCAUCAGGGUUUUUGCUGUCCGAAAAUCCCUGGAGGUGUGACUGCGACACAUUAUGGAUGUCAGAAUGGUUACGCACGAACGCGAUUGUGACAGACGCGGGAGACACCCGCUGUCAAUUUCCCGUUCAUCUUCGCGACAGGCAAGUAAUUACCGUGACAUCGGACGAUUUGAACUGCGAUAUCACCUCUUACUAUCAUCUGGCUGUUGCAUUUGGCGUCCUGGGACUAAUUGUAUUAAUCUGUAUCCCUGUUCUCUAUCACUUCCGUUUGGAAACCAGAGUACUUUUGCAUGCCAAAUUUCACAUCCGGCCUUUCGAUGGCAGGGUUAAAAACCUUGAAGAUAACUUGUACGACACGUUCAUCUCGUACAGCAACCGAGAUUCGGCGUGGGUCACGGACACACUACUCCCUCGCCUGGAGAAGCAUAGGCCUCCCUUCAAAGUCUGCAUUCACCAAAGGGAUUUCGUGAUCGGUGAAGCAAUUUCGGACAACAUCACACAAGCGAUAACCACCAGUCAUGCCACCGUAAUGGUCAUCUCUGAGCAUUUCGCGGAAAGCGAGUGGUGUAUGUUCGAGUUCCAGAGAGCUCAUCAUGAAAUGCUACAAGAUAGCAGGAGACGGCUCCUAGCUGUUAUAGUGGGCGACGUAGACGUCGAUGGACUACCCAUGGAUCUGAAAACUUAUCUGAAAACCAACACUUACCUCUCAGUAGAUGACAGGUGGUUUUGGCCUAAGCUCUUGUAUGCGCUACCCGACCCACCAAGCCGGGCUGGGCGAGAUGAGUUCUGUAUGGAGGUGUAUUCCCCAGAGCCGGCUAUGUUCAGCAACCAUCGGAUUUUAUCUCCCCUGUGUCUCGUUAGGGAUUAUACAUAUAGCACAAUGCAUCAGUACCAGAAAUACGCUGUCGUCUGCUUGCUCUUGGUGUCAGCUGCUGCAGCUAACGCAAGUUUUUGGGACUUCCUGAAUCCAAGUGCCCCCGAAGACUUCUCCGGAAAUUCCACCUGUCCUGACCACUGCACAUGCCAGACGUCGUCAAUCGUUAAAUUUUUCGAAAAAUUUUUCCAAGAAAACGAUGAGAAAAUCGGACGAAGAUCCCGUCCAGAGAUCGAUAAAGUUCUUUCAUCACUUUUUCAGGGGCUGAAGAGAAAUGUCUUUUUUCAAAUCAUAUUUGGGAGUGGUCUGUUGAUGAACAUGACUUGUGAUGCCGUGGACAAUGAUACGUCAUUGGACACACUUCUUGCCGAGUCACCAGGUCUGUUCGUCCUGGCCUCCAUUACAUGCGCUGAAAAGGUGACUUUGGACUUCGAUUCUUAUCCAUCAUCUGUUAUUCUGUUUUCCCUGAAGAUUUCCGGGUGUACGUUGAAGUCUAGUUCUGUGCCAUUCAAAUUUCCAGUUUAUACACUUCUCCAGGUGUUGGAACUCAAUAAUGUCAACGUAGAAUGGCUGAAAACUUUAGACAUUUCGAAUUUGAACUAUUUAAUCAGUUUGAAGAUUAACUAUCACAAUUUGGGCCAACUUCCAGUCCUGUGGACCAAUUCAUCUCUGAACAGUUUAAGUUUUUUAGAUCUUAGUCAUAACGCGUUGACGGAAUUCAGAUGUGAAAUUGGAUGGGGUUUAACUUGGUUGUUUGUCGUAAACCCGACUAUUGACACUAUAAAUCUAGAAGACAAUUUACUUUCAGAAAUCCCGCGGUGCCUGUUAGAAAGAAAGCUGAAGAUCCCAUACAUCUCUUUGGCACGAAAUAAGAUUACGAAUACAAGCGUGUUCCGGGAAGUGGAGAGCUACAUCAGUACGUGGAACUUGAAUCUGAGGCAAAACCACAUCGGCUCAGUGGAUUCCUUCAUGUUCUCCAAUAUGUCAGCUCUGGAUUUCAGUCAAAACCGCAUCAAAAGUAUUGGAAUCAAUUCCUUUCGGUGCAAAGACCAGAUAAAUUUGCUACAGAGCUUAAAUCUGAGCCAUAACCAGAUUAACCACAUUGAGUACGGUAGCUUAGAUUUCACCCCCAUCCUAAAUUAUCUGGAUUUAAGUCAUAAUAAACUAAAAACGUUUGACCUUGAAUUUUCACCUAGUUAUAACCGAAACAUCACGAUGGAUUUACGCGGUAACCUCAUGAAAUAUCCACCGUUUGCUAACAUUGGAUACUUUGCUCCACCCGCUAUUAAAACCUUUGCCGCGAACAACAACUUUGUAUGUGACUGCUCCAUAUAUAGAUUCGUCUCCAUCUACAGUCAGCUGACAGCUUCUAGCAAUUCGUCAAAUGCUCAUUUCCAAGGUUUACGCCUAUCGUCUCGGCCAUUUUUCGACGCGGAGCAGUACCGAUGUGAAAAGCCCGGUUAUCUGCGCAUGUCCAGAAUCAUGGAUCUUCCUGUUGAAGGGAAAACGUGUCCUGUUGUGGAGGCUUGUCCGUCCGCCUGUACAUGUGAACGAAACGAAGACUUCAUAGCAGUACACUGUCAGGAAAAGGGCUUAACGGAGCUCCCUGACAAAUUGCCAGACGGCGUAAUGGUCAAGCUGAAUAUGCGUGACAAUGCUCUGAAGAGAGUGGAUUAUAGGUCUUACUUUAAAUGGACAAUCUGGUUGGAUCUGAGCCACAACAGGAUAAACACUAUAUCCGUGUCAGCCAUGUUGUCGUUGUUGGAACUAGAUGAAGUGUUUCUACACUCAAACGAUAUAUCCGAGCUGCCGUCAGCAGUGUCCUCAUUCCUCAAUGUUACCACCAUGAAUAUGAGCUUGGGUGGAAACCCGUGGAACUGCUCAUGUGAAUCCGCCUGGAUGAAGACGUGGCUGGUGGACAUGGGAGCCCGUGUGCUUGACCCCAGGAACGUGUUGUGUGUGGGAGGCAUACUGAACGGUCAAAUGUUUCGUGACAUUGAGGAAGAGAUCCUGAAUUGUGACCAGGAACGUCACGCUAUGGCCGCCAUCGCUUUCGGUAUAGUCCUCUCCAUCCUUGUCCUUGUAGCUGGCGUCGUCUACUGGAAGCGCCUAGAAAUAAAGAUUCUUCUCUACUCCCGUCUUCAGUGGGGAUGCCUGAAAAAGGACAAUAGUCGUGGGGAUCUUCUUUAUGAUGUGUUCGUGUCGUUUAGUCAGUUGGACUACGAGUGGAUAGUUCACACUCUGGCUCCGAAUUUAGAGGACCGUGCCCAACCCUACAAACUCUGUCUCCAUCAACGAGACUUUCCGGUGGGCGAGCCGAUCGCCGAGUCGAUUGCUCGAGCCGUAGAGAACAGCCGUUGUACGCUGAUGAUGGUGACGCCAAACUUUCUAGAGAGUGAGUGGUGUAUGUACGAGUUCAAAACUGCUCACCAGAGAGUCUUGUCAAAAGAUUGUAAAGUCGUCAUGAUUCUAGAUGACAAAGUCAGCACUCGCGGAAUGGACAAAACAAUGGCAGCUUACGUCAAGACGUAUACGUACAUCAAAUUUAAAGACAGACUUUUCUGGGAAAAGCUUUUGUAUGCGCUUCCUAAGCCAAGAGAACAAUGAACAAUGGACUAUUAGAUACACAGGAGUUUGUUUCCACAGACUGGCAUUUUGUUAGUGCUUUUGGUCUCCCCCAGUGAAUAUCUGCCAUAGAUUUGAUUUGUUUUCAUUUUAUCAAGGCCAUACUCAAGAAUGCUUCAUUCAUACGGUGGUUGUCGGUUUAAUGAAUGGAGAAAUUGGGGUGUCCGGCGUAAACCGUUGACCUUUGACAAGUUACUGUCAAAGAUAAGAACUUUCCCAAGUGUGACAUAUAUGCGCCUACUAUAAUACAUGUAGUUAAUGACAUAUUUUCGGUGAACAACAGGCUGCGCAAAAAAGGGUGACGCGAGCAGGAGAAUCGAGUCUGCCAUGGAAGAAAGUAUUUUGGAGAUUCAUUGGUUAUAUAUACUAGUAUAUGGUUAUAUAUGUAUAUAAUGUACCUCACACGAGACAUGGUCACACAAGUCCUCAAGCGUUAUAGGUACUGUAAUGGUUUAAUAUUUAAAUGAAUAUUUCAGCUUGCCGUUUAGAAUUCUAGUAGCGGCCAUAGCGUGCUAAUUUCGUACGUCUGUCCCCUCUGUAAACUUCAUGGAGGCUCCAACUGUUUCCAAUACAAUGAUUUGACUUUGAGAGAGACGAGGCUUUUUGAGAAAAUAUCCAUUCACUUAUUUUCGUGUAUGCGGCAUGGCGCGCGUGACUUUUUAACAUGAUGUUUUAACGUGUUUAUUUUAUGUUGAUGCUUUUUGCCUUAUUCCAGAGACGUUAUUGAGAUGUGUUCCCAAUGGCAUAUACCAUUCACAGUUCUGUCAGCACAAGUUUCAAUUCUGUAGACUCACUGAAGUAACACGACCGUAUAUGUAGUCGAACUGCAACCCAGUGUUUAGAUUACGCGAUAUAGCAGUUAAAACACCCUGGUCGCUGUUAAAUCCACUUGAAAGAAAUUUUUUUAUUUGAAAUGUGUUUCAUGGCAUACAAAUGUGUAGUGUGUCGAUUUACAUAAACCCCUUCAUUCUUACACAUGUUGUAUAAUUUGAUGUCUUUUUGUUUAACUUUGUUUAUUUGCGCAAAUAUAUUUUUCUAUUCUAUA